AUUCUGCGUAAUAUGGUUUAUGAUCGAAUCCAACGGUUUCAAAAUACAAUAUUUACAAUUUUGAGAAUUUGAGGUUAUAUUUCAAUAUUACCUCUAAGUUAUUUAAUGAAAUUAAAGUAUUCCCAAUAAAAUGUUUUAAAUCAUAUACAUGACAUAUAUAUAAUUUGUCUAGUCUUAGAAAAAAAUAAAAACGUUUGAUAAAAUAGACAGAAUUGUGUUCGAAAAUGUUUCGUAACUUGUUCAAGGUCUUCAGACCCGUCGGCAAUUAUUUGAUCCGCGGGUCUGGUGGAGGCUCGAACGCCGCGAGCGUCGGCGGUGCGGGUAGUGCUUUUCAGCAGAACAGCGUGUCGAAAGAGCAGCAACUAUCUGCAGCAUUGCGCCGCUCGAUGCCCGGCAUCACGUACAUUAGCGUGGAGGAUAUAUCUGGUGGCUGCGGAGCUAUGUUUGAAAUCAGUGUAGAAGCUAAAGAGUUCAUAGGAUUGAGCACAGUAAAACAACACCGCUUAGUGACUGAAUGCCUCAAGAAAGAAAUAGCAGAAAUGCAUGGCAUACGGAUCCACACAACACCGACCCCUAAAGAAAACAACUGAUAUCAAACAUUACCUACUUAUUAUGUAGUACCUAUAUGUAAAUAGUUAUUAUAGGUGAACCUCUAAAAAUAUUGUUUUAUGUCUAGUUUUAAAUGACUUGUUAAAUAUUAGCAAUGUAUAUUAUGUGUUAUUAGUUGCUACUUUCAAAUUUUAUGAUAGGAUAGAUUUGUUUACCUAAUGCAUUGUUAGAUAACUAAAAAAAAUAAAAAUUGAAUUAAUUUCUUUGUUAAUUUGUUCCUUGUGGCUCUUCAUAACUGCUGCAGAUUUUUGUAGAUAAAGCACAACUGUAUGUGGUACUAGCGGAUUCCAUAAAUUGUCAGUACACAA